GUUCAAGUUACUUCUGCUGCUUAUUGUAAGUGAAAUUAAUUUAUAAUACAUCGAUUAUAUAAGUAUUUAAUCUUUACCAAUUACGAGCAUUUACUUUGUUUUUGUUCAUUUUAUAGUUUGUGUUUGAUUUUCUCUUCGCCAUGGGAUCAACUUCUUCAACACCACUGAAACCAGAUCUCCCACCACUUGAUACGACGCAGAAAAUCGUUGAACGUCUUGAAACGAUGGAGGAGAAGCAAGACGUCACGAUGCAGACAUUACAAGAUACGGCAAAAAUUAUUGACUCACUGAAGAACAAAUUGCAAGACGAAGCGAAGGUCCUCGCAAUAGCACAAUCGGAACCGCAUACAACAUCAUGCUGUGCUCAUCCACCAGCACUUGCUCCAACACCUUCCACGCAGUCUUGCUUAACAGGGCAAACUAUAAAAAUGGUGCACGUACUGCCUUUAACUCAUUACCAGUCCACUGAAACCUCGUCUAUGUCAAACAUGCAAACGGAAAGCCCACCACUUCCAGUGAUCCUGGUACAAUCGACACCCUAUUCACACGAUACAGUACGAGUCCGAUAUCGCGGGAGCGGAGGCAACAGUCGCCGAAGGUGGUACGCCCAAAGAAACCAGCCUUACCGUCCCGGACGCUGACGCGCUAACUAUUAUACCAAUAAUCACAAUCAAAACUAAAUUAAUUCAUUGCAUCCCUUGCAUUGGCUCUGAAC